AUGACGACCUUGGAGGUUCCCGACCCCGACCUGGUGCAGCCAGCAGCAGCUCCGACCCCUGGCGAGAUUAGGAAGUCUUUUCAGUCGGACAGAAAGUCGAAGAAAUCCCAUGACAUCGAGCCUCAUGCCGACGAGCUGGAAAAGACUGGGCACACCAACUACAACAAUAUCGACAAGGAGUUGGCGCAAUAUGCUGGUGCUACUUCUAUUGUGAUCUCUGAAGCUGAGAACACCAGGCUGCGCAGAAUGAUCGACAAGCGUGUGCUGGUUGUCAUGAUUACGACUUAUUUCCUCCAGGCGAUAGACAAGGGCACCUUGACAUUCGCCUCUAUCAUGGGCAUCAGAGAUCACACCGGUCUUUCUGGACAGGAUUACAACUGGCUGACGACCUGUAUUUACAUCGCGAUCUUGAUUGUCGAAUAUCCACAGAACUAUAUCAUUGCCCGAGUCCCCGUGGCCAAGUAUCUCUCCUUCUCUAUUGGCGCGUGGGGAACUGUGCUAGCCUGUCAUGCAGCCUGUAACAGCUUCAAAGGCCUUGUGACCGUCCGAACGUUGCUCGGAAUCUUCGAGUCUGCUUGCCAACCUGCUUUCGUCGUCCUCUCGUCAGUAUGGUACAGGCGAGAGGAGCAAGCCGCAAGGGUCACCUACUGGUACAUGAUGAAUGGAGCUCAACAAAUCGUGGGCGGCCUUUUGGCCUUUUGCUUCUCGCUCAUCACUACCGGCCCUCUGAGGAGCUGGCAAUGGCUGUUCCUGACCUACGGCAUCAUCUCGGUCAUCUUCGCGGUUUUCGUUGGAUGGUGGAUGCCCGACUCUCCUAUGCGAGCCAAGUGCUUCUCGGAAGAGGACAAGCGAUUGAUGGUCGAGCGCGUCCGUUCCAACCAGACCGGAAUUCAGAACCGCGAAUUCAAGAAGUAUCAAGUUUACGAUGCUUUGACAGACCCACAGACCUGGUGCUACGCAGGCAUCCAGCUUUGCACAACACUGCCUACCAGUGGCCUGGGCUCAUUCUCGGGCAUCAUCAUCAAUUCGUUCGGAUUCUCCGUCCUGCAGACUCAACUCCUGUCCAUGGUCUUGGGUGUUUACAUCAUCAUUGUGCUCAUGGGCUCGGUUUGGCUUGUCAAGAAGUACAACCAGAACUGCCUCACGAUGCUGGCCUUCGUGGUCCCAUCGUUCGUGGGCACAGCACUCCUCAUGGCCCUACCGAAUGAGACUCGUGCCCAACAUGCUGGUCUUCUCAUCAGCUACUAUAUCACCUUGUCUUUCUGGUCUGCCCAGACUCUUGGUCUCUCGAUGAUGUCCCGAAACGUUGGCGGGCAAACCAAGAAGUCCGUCGUAGUUGCGCUCAACUUCAUCUUCUGGGCCGUUGGAAAUGCUGUCGGUCCUCAAGUUUUCCUCGCAUACAACGGUCCUCGCUACUUCAUCGCCUUUGCUACCCAUAUGGGAUGCUAUGUACUGCUCGUCUUUAUCAUUCUCUUCUUUAGAUGGCACCUGAAGCACCAGAACAAGAAGCGUGACGAGAUAGCGGCGGCUGGUGUGCACGAGGCUCGGGAUGAGCGGAUGGUGCACGCCUUCGAGGACUUGACUGAUCGCGAGAACCCGAACUUCCGAUAUGUGUACUGA